AUGAGUCAUGGCAACACAGUAAUCUACAUUAUUUUUGUAGUCACUUCUGCUGGAGACUCCUCACAAUCUACACUGAAUCGCCCACCUUUGCGUUCAACACGGCGGAAGACCUUGAGUGGCACAGCCACAGAAUCUUUAGAUCAGAAGUCUUUGCCAACUUCUCGAAAACGAAAUGCAUCCCCUCUGGUUAAAGAGGAGGAAGAAGUGUCACAGACAACAUCGGCCAUAAUAACUCAAACCCCAGUUAAGAAGUCAUUGACAUCUCCACGAAGAAGAAAGACAUCCCCCCAGGUUAAAGAACAAGAGGACGUGAAACAAACUUUUUCGGUCACACUUCAAACUCCAGAUAAGACGUCUUCGAUGUCACCUCGAAAAUGCAAGGCUUCCCCCCAGGUUAAAGACAAGGAGGCGAAGCAAACAUCUUCAGUUAUUCAAAGCCCAUCCAAAUGCAAAGCCAGGAAGCGUGUGUGCAUUGUUGAGCCUGUCCCGGAGGGUACAGUGGUUUGUGACCAGUCCAGCAAAAAAUGGAAGCUGGUUGAACUUCUGUGGCAUACAGAAUUAGAUCUGACAUAUGCAGUGUGCCAGGCAAAUCAGCACGCAGACUCAAAUGAAUGCAAGUACAUGUUGCGACUGGGUGCUAAAGAGGGACAGCUGUUUAAUGAACAGAACUUCCAUCUGAGAGCAGCCAAACCUGAUGCAGUGGAGAAAUGGUUGAAAUUGCACAAGCUGGACUUCCUUGGGAUUCCCUCCUGUGUAGGGUUUGGUCUUCAUGAAGCAUAUAGGUAUGUGGGUUUGUGUCCUUUUGUUCAGAAACUUUUAUAGAA